AUGUCAUCCACAGCUCCGAGUCUGCGAUCGAUCAGCAUCUCCUCCGAAGAAGGCCUCGAUGGCGUCGACGGAUCAGCUAGAUUCUCCUUCCACCCUUCUUGUUCAGCUCUUGCUUCAGUCAGUGGUCCCAUCACAGCCCGUCUAGCAGCUGAGCACCCCGCUCGCGCAACCGUCGAAGUGCACGUCCGUCCACUCUCAUCAGUGCCAGGAACUGCAGAGAAAUCACGUGGAAUGGCAAUACGAGAGAUCGUAGAACGUUCCUGUCUUCUCGCACAACAUCCUCGCACUCUCAUCCAGGUCGUCGUUCAAGCCCUGACGAAUCCGACCCCCGGUUAUGCCCUUCUCGCAGCCGAAAUCAAUGCAUGCACACUUGCUCUCAUAAAUGCCGGUUCAAUCGCGAUGCGGGGUGUGGUUUGCGCAGUUCCUGUCGGUAGAGUGAAGAAGGGAAGCGUUAUUUCCGUGGAGGUUGACGUAGCCGACGAUGUCGUGCUUGAGGGAGGUGGAUGUUUUGCUUUCUUGUUUGGAUUCGCAGCUGAUGUUUGGUCGACUUACAGCGCUCGCCCUGGGUCAUCAUUUGAUCAGGCUGAACUUGUAAGGGCUAGAGAGGUGGCACGAGAAGCCGCGGCGGAGGUAUGGCAAUGCGUGAAAAAUAGCAUACGCCAUCAAAAAACGAUAGGAGAGACGCAAUCACCGCACGAAGUCGUCGUCAAGAUGGAGAUAUAA